AUGGACCAGAAGGCUUUGAAAAAACUGGUGGAAUCCAUAAGUAAAACUGUCAAGAGCUUCAAAAAAAGUGAAGUUGAGUGUCUCAUAAGACUUUUUCAUAGCUUGGUGAGAAGAACUGAUGAAAGACUUGACAAGAUUGGGCUAGAUCGUAGUGCAUUUCGAGGGAUCCUACACAGUGUAUUUGGAAUGACUGAUGAUAUGCUGAUGGAUAGGGUGUUUUUUGCAUUUGACAAAGAUGGUGAUAGCCACAUAAAUGUAAAUGAGUGGGUUAAAGGAUUAUCACUGUUUCUUCGAGGGACUUUUGAAGAAAAGCUGAAGUUCUGUUUUGAGGUUUAUUAUUUCAAUGGUGAUGGUUACAUUUCUCGAGAGGAAAUAUUUGACAUGUUGAAGAACAGUCUGCACCACCAGUCAUCUGAAGAAGAGACUGAUGAAGGAAUUAAAGAAUUGGUAGAAAUAACAAUGAGGAAAAUGGAUUAUGACAACGAUGGCAAAAUAUCUUUUGCAGACUUUGAAAGAGCAGUAAAAGAAGACACACUUUUGUUGGAGGUGUUUGGACCAUGUUUACCAGAAGCACAGGUAGUUAGAAAUGCCAAGCACCAAAAUUAG